AUGUGGCUGGGAGCCCCCCUGGAGCAGUUGCCCACCCCGGCGCUGACCCUGGACCAGGCGACGGUGCGGCGCAACGCCGAGCGCAUGCGGGAACGCUGCCGGGCCCUCGGCCUCCGCCUGCGCCCCCACGUCAAAACCCACAAGACGUUAGAAGGUGCCGAACUGGCAACCGGCGGCACUCGCCGGGGCAUCGUGGUCUCCACCUUGGCCGAAGCUCGGUUUUUCGCGGCGGGGGGCUUCGAUGACAUCCUCUACGCCUACCCGCUGCCGGGGGGGCGGCUGGAGGAGUGUGCCGCCCUGGCCCAGCGCCUCCGAGCCUUCCAGCUCCUCCUCGACAGCCCCCAGGCCUUGGCCCUCCUGCGCCAGCGCCCGCUGCCCGCCGGCAAACGCUGGCUCGUCUGGCUCAAGCUGGACUGCGGGAAUGGCAGGGCCGGCGUGCGGCCCACGGACCCCGGUGCCAUGUCCCUGGCCCGGGCCAUCGCCGAGGAGGCACCGGAGGAGGUGACGCUGGUGGGGGUCUACGCUCACUGCGGGGACACCUACGGCUGCCGCGAUGUCCCGGCCGUCCAAGCCAUCGCCCGGGCCACCACCGUCGCCGUGCUCGACUUUGUCACCGCGCUGCGGCAGGCGGGGGUGCCGUGUCCCCAGGCCAGCAUCGGCUCCACGCCGUCCUGUAGCCACCCGGUGCCGGAGAUGGCCCAGCUCACCGAGCUCCACCCGGGCAACUACCUCUUCUACGACCUUCAGCAGACCCUGCUGGGUUCCUGUCACCCGGAGGAGGUGGCCAUCCGUGUCCUCACCAGGGUCAUCGGCCACUAUCCCCACCGCAACCAGCUGCUGGUGGACUGCGGGUGGGCGGCCCUCAGCCUCCACGGCCGCGACCAGGCACCCACCGGCUGCGCCGCCAUCGAGGGGCACCCUCAGCUGAGGCUGGUGGGGCUGACGCAGGAGCACGGGCAGGUGGAAGCCAUCGAUGGACGGUUGGAUUUCGGGCGCUUUCCGUUGGGCAGCAUCCUGGCUCUCAUUCCCUUCCAUGCCUGUGCCACCGCCGCCAUGCACCCCGUCUACUACGUCCACGCCGGGGGGAAGGUGGUGGAGCUCUGGCGCCCUGUCCGUGGCUGGUAG